AUGGGAGAUGAGGAGGAGGCACCUGGGAAAGCUCCGGGUGACGGGCUUCCUAAUCUCAUGGGACCGCCCGAGCCAAGCUCAGAGCUGCGGCGGCAGCGGCAGGAGUGGCAGCAGCUCCAGCCGCGUGCCGGGCUUCCUUCGCGUCCCUUCGCUCCCGUCCUCGAGCCCGUGUCCCACCUUCCUCCCCAGCCCGCGUGUCCGGGGCCGUGCGGCCCCCCCGCCGCUCGCGCCACCCUGAAGUUCCUGGCCGUGCUGCUGGCCGCGGGCAUGCUGGCCUUCCUCGGUGCCAUCGUGUGCAUCAUCGCCAGCGUGCACCCGGCGGCCAGCCCGGCCCGGGCGCCCUCCGGGGCCACCGCCGACAACGACUCGAGCGCUGGGGCCGCGGCGCUGCUGCCCCCCGGGCCGGAGCAGAGCCUGAGCGCGCUGCACGGGCCGGGAGGCUCGGCCGGGCCCCAUGAGCUCCCCCUGCCCGGUGGCGGCGGCAGCGAGCUGCUGGCUAGCGCCCGGCCGCUGCAGCCCCCGCUGCUCUUCAGCCGUUUCCUGUGCACCCCGCUAGUCACUGAGUGCCCGACGGCGUCGGACGGGGCGGCGGUGCAGGGCGAUGGGCCGGGCUCGGGGCAGCAGCAGCGGCAGCGCGAGGAAGAGCUCCUGGCCCUGCAAAGCACUGCCGAGCAGCUGCGGCAGACCGCGCUACAGCAGAAGGCGCGGAUCCGAGCCGACCAGGAGGCCAUCCGCGAGCUCACAGGCAAGCUGGGCCGCUGCGAGAGCGGGCUGCAGCUGCCCUUCCAAGACACGGGGCCCGCGGGCCGCCAGGACACCAUGAGCGACGGCCCCGCCUGGGACUCCCCGGCCGUGGUGCGGGAACUGGAGGAGGCCGUGCGCGCCCUCAAGGACAGGAUCGAGAAGAUCGAGCAGGAGCUGCCAGCCCACGGGAACGUUUCGGCCGCCACAGCCCGGCCCCUCCCGACCCAGGACCCCCUCCACACCCAGAUGGAGACCCUGGAGGCUCAGUUGCUGUCCAAGGUCAUAGCCCUGGAGAAGGAGCGCUCGUCUCUGAGCAGCAGCAGCCACAAGCAGCAGAAGGAGGUGGAGAAGGAGCUGAACGCCCUGCAGGACCGGGUGGCUGAGUUGGAGCACGGGGCGUCAGCCUACGGCCCCCCGGAUGCCUUCAAGAUCAGCAUCCCCGUGAAGAACAAUUACAUGUACGCCCGCGUGCGCAGGACCCUGCCGGAGCUGUACACCUUCACCCUCUGCAUGUGGCUCAAGUCCAAGUCCGGGGGGAUGGGGAUAGGCACGCCUUUCUCCUACUCCGUGCCAGGCCAGUCCAAUGAGAUGGUGCUGCUGGAGGCUGGGCGCGACCCCAUGGAGCUGCUCAUCAAUGACAAGGUAGCCCAGCUGCCAUUGAAUCUGAAGGAUGGGCAUUGGCACCACAUCUGCAUUGCAUGGACCACAAGGGAUGGUCUGUGGUCAGCCUACCAGGAUGGUCAGCUGCGUGGCUCCAGCGAUAAUCUGGCUGCUUGGCAUCCCAUUAAGCCACAUGGAGUCAUCAUCCUGGGGCAGGAACAGGACACAUUGGGCGGCCGGUUCGAUGCUACCCAGGCUUUUGUGGGUGAGAUUGCCCAAUUCAACCUGUGGGAUCACAUCCUGACUCCAGCCCAGAUCCUGGGCAUUGCCAACUGCACCUCGCCACUGUUGGGCAACAUUAUCCCCUGGGAUGACAAGCUGGUGGAGGCUUUUGGGGGUGCAACCAAGGUGGCUUUUGACUCCUGCAAGAGCAAGGCCAAGGCGUGAGGCUUGGAGGAGGGCCUGUAGCCCCAGCCUCUCCCUCCUCCUUCCUAGGCCAUUCCCCAAAGGAGCACAAGGUGGGCAGCAUCCCCCCCCCAUCCCCGUCCUUCUCACCCUCCUCCUUUACCCUUCCCUGCCAGUCUCUAGACAUCAUUGCUUCCCUCCCUCUGCCUUCACUCUACAUUCUCCAAGGAAUGACACAGAGCCUAGUGAUACUGAGCAGCAGUAGCUUGUUCUGUCAAGUGUAGGGUGAGUCCUGGGGAAAGUGGGGUAGGAGGAGGGGCAACUAAAAAUAUGGAAAUGCCCACCACCAGGCCCACUCAUCCUAUCCUGGCCCUGUCUUUAACAAUUCUUUCUGGAGAAAGAACAACUGAGCAGAACGGAGGCUCAGAAUAGAUUAUGACUAAAGGGGACUUAGAAUUCAUUUACUCUAAUCCCCCAUUUUCCCCAAACUGAAGCAUAGAUGUGGGGAAGGAAGAGACAUUAGGACCAUGAACUCCAAUCUCCUCAUUUUACAGAUGGGGAAAUCGAGGCUCAAAGAGUUUAAGUUCACCCCUCUAACAAAUCAUAGGUCCUAAGAUCAUCAAUUCACAUCUAGAAGUGACUUUAAUGUCUGCUCCAAAUCCUUCAUUUGACAGAUGGAAUCUGUAGCCCAGAGAGGUUAAGUUACCACACAUAGAGUAAAUUGCUAAGCCAGGAUUUGAACCCAAGUCCUCUCUGAUUCUAAAUCUAGCUGCCUUUCCUAUGGCACCACACUGCCUCCUUCUCUGGUCCUCCAUUCAUUUCUCAUCACUCCCAUCACAAGGCAUCAGAUGGUGUCUGGGCAUCACCAGAGGUGCCCUGUGUGGGGAGAGAGAUGUUGCCUUGAGGCCCAUCCCCACCCAUACCACUGUUCCAAAGGAGCUCUGAGCUCCCUUGAGCACUGCCAAUGGAUGUGGCCUCUCACUGGACCCAAGAUUUCUAGGUACAAGCUCUGGUGCAUCAGGGUCCAGGACAUUCCAGUAAACAUGGUCAAAUCCCUUUUCCUUCUGGACCUAUCUUGAGCAGAUUUGUCUUCUUAUCAUAUCACAACUCUGAGCUAAAGGAUUUCAAGUUAUUGCUCAGCCAAUGGGGAAUGACUUGGAGUAGUGGAGCCUCUGAAGUCACACAAGUAAGCAUCUCUCUACUCUCUCUGACUCAUCUCUGACUCAUCCUUCCAUCUCCUAAGCCACCAAGCAUCCUAGGCUGCCCUGGAUGCACAGGGACGUCUGAGCAGGGCCCCAUGUCUAUCAGUCUGUCUUAUAGGAAGCUGAGGAGGGGAUGGGCAUUUAUUUGCCCAGUGAUGGCUUUGAAUCUCAUACAAAUGAAGAGAUUUUUUUGCCACUUUUCUUGAAUUAAAAAACUGAGUUGUAAGCUGCCUCAAAGCAUACAACCUUAGAUCAUCUAUCUAUCCCUCUAUCAAUCAAUAAGUACUAAGUGCCUAUUAGGUGCCAGGCACUGGGGAUAUGAAUACAAAGAGUGGGUCAAAACCCCACCUCAUUUUACAUGCCAGUAAACUGAGAUCCAGAGGGAAGAAGCUACUUUAUCAGAUGUUCUAGGCAAAAAAUCUCAAAGCAAAAAUAAGGCUAAGGGUCAUCGUCUUCUGGGGCCAAAUACACUAUAAGACAGGAUGGGCAUUGGUUUCCAGUCCCUUGUACCUGGGACCUUGGAGAAUCUUGAAAUGCAUAUGAGAAAGAAGAGGAACUAAUGGAUCUAGCCAUGAUUUGGUCAUUCUGAGGAAUACAGGGCAUUUGUGAUUUUCUCCAAGGUUGGCCCAACCUUAGAGUGGUUGCCAUUAUCAUCAUCAUCUCCACAAAGUGAUCCAAGAAAGUUUGAGAAAGGGGAGAAUGCUUUCAGCUGAAAGUAUCAGGGAAAGCACCAUGGCUUGCAGGUCACAGCCUUGUGUGGAUGCUUAGAGAUGAUUUGGGGAAUCUCUAUGAAUCCAGUCUAGAUGGAAUAUAGGGGGGACCCAUGUCAAGUAAAGCUAGAAGGGUGGAUGGGAGAUGGACUGUGGAAGGCCUUGGUUGUCUAGUUAAGUAGCUUAUAUUUUAUUCUGUGAGGAAAUGGGAAAGAAUGUUUUUGAGCUAGCUCAGGAAUAACAUGGUCAGGCCCUGGCUAUAGGAAGAUUAUUUGGGCAGCUGUAUGAAGGAUGAACUUAAGAUGGUGCUGGCUCUUUGGCUUUAGCUCUGAAACUCCACUAUGAGAGGAGGAAAGACACAGUCUGGGGACUCGAUAAUUUUGAGUCAUCAUAACCACUGGAAUGCAAGAUGACAGAGAAAUAGGCUAUCACUCGCAUUCAGUCCAGUCCCAUAAAGAUGUUAGGUAUUGUUGGAGUCCUACCCCCAAGGAGUUUCUAGUCUAAUAGGAAAAUGAGUCUCACCAAUAGCUGUAGUCCAUAAUGUCAGCUGAAUAAGGGCAUCAGAAAGUGAUGAAAUAAAGUACUGCAGCUGACAUUUGAGUUGGGUCUCAGAAGAUGGUUAGGAAUCCAGUGGAUAUAAAGGGGUAAGGGGGAAAUUUCAGGUAUGAGGAAAAUAUAACCAUGUAUAGGAAAUGAGGAGCUAUCCAAACUCCAGAGUAUGUGGAGCAGAAUGUUAUGAGAUUAGGGUGGAAAGGUUUGGUGGUAACAGAUAAUGACAACCAUUCCAAAGUUGUGCCAACUGGGUAUAGAACUUUGAAUGCCAGGCAAAGGGUUUUUCCAAGUGCAAUACAUGGUUACAAGAGUUAUACUGUAAGUUGAGCAUAAAAGAAUCUACACUUUAGAACUGUGGUGCUGGAGAAGAUUUGUAAGAGUCACUUGGACAGCAAGGAGAUGAAAUCAGCCAGUCCUUAAGUAUGAAAUGAAUCCAGACUCUUCACUGAACGAUCAAAUACUGAAGGUGAAGGUCAAAGACUUUGGUCACAUAAUGAGAAGAGAGGACCCAUUGGAAAAGGCCAGAAGGCAAAAGGAGAAGGGGACAGAAGAAGAUGAGAUGCAUAGAUAAUGUUAUGGAAACAAACAUGAAGCUAGACAGACUUUGAUAGUGAAAGAUAGGAGAACUUAAUGUGCUAUGGUCCAUGGGUUCACGAAGAGUCAAACACAAGUAUAUGGCACAACAACAACAACAACAAAGGAAUUUAAACUCUAUUCAGUAGCCAUUAAGACUCUUCCCUGCCUCCCUCAGACAGGCACUAACUAGGAUGCCUGACCUAAUGGCUAAGGGUUGCCUAUUAAUGUCUCCUCAGUUAUGGGCUCAUCCUGUGCCUGUAUGAGUGUGCUGGUUAGUAUUAUAAAAUUGUGGUCCAUUUUAGUUUUCAGGAUACAUUAUGGCUUAUACACUACAUGGUUUAUAUCUUGAUGAUUUGGCCUUACUGAAAGGAAUAAAAAUGUCAUCCAUAUUAUUGUUCAGGUUGUCACUGGUGAUUCACCCUUCAGAAAGACUUAUUUGGGUUCAAGUUGAGCCCCAGAUACUUCCUAGUUGUUUGACACUGGGAAGUCACUUAACCCCAUUUACUUAGCUUUGGCCUUUCUGUCUUAGAAUUGUUAUUAAGACAGAAAGUAAGGGGAAGGGAAGGAAAGAAGAAGAAGGAAAGAAAGGGAGAGAGGUAGGAAGGAA